AUGUCCAAAUGGGACAGUUCCGAUAUUGAGAAACACAAAAGAAUCGCAGAUGUUAAAUUACAAGAUCAACGUCCUUACCGUGGUAUAGCAUCAUGGAUAAGUGUGCAUGACUUGAACAUUAGUGGAGACCAAGCUUCAUUUGCUCGUAUUUAUGUAGGCAGUGCAAUUAACAACAAAGUUAAUUCUAUCCAAACCGGUUGGAUGAUAAAUCCAAGUUUAUUUGGUGAUAGCCGUUCAUGGAGUUAUGGAUUUUGGAAGGGUGCCAAUGGAGUAGGUUGUUAUCGAUGUCCUGGUUUUGUUCAAGUGUCGAAAACUGAUCCACUAUUUGGGCCUUUACCUCAAGCUCCUGAAGGAGAAAGGAACAUUGGUAUUGCUAUUCAUCAGGUAGUUAAUAUUCAAUUCGAUUUUAAAUUAUAA